AUGAGUCGAUCACUUCCCUGUAAUGAUACACUUUCAGCAUUUCCAAUAAAUCAUACUACUCCAAAUAAUGCAGUUGAACAAUUACAUCCUGAAAUAUUUCUUCCACCAUCAUCAUCACUUGGUCCUGGAACAUUGCUUAUAACUCGUGAUGGUGAGGAUGAUGUAAAUAGUGUUCGUAUUAAUACAACACGAACAAGUACAACUGAAUUAGAAUAUAGUGAUACCAUGAACAAAUCUCUAGUGCAGUCAAAAUCAAAGAUUUCGAAUGGUUCCAAUAGUCAAAAAGCUAAAAAAAAUGGUUGUGACAUAUUAGUUCUUUUAAAAUCAUGCUGGUCAUGGUUUUGUGGUUUGGAUGGUAGUGAUGAUGUUGAUAAUCAAGAUGAAUUAACUGUAGCUAAUGUAUCUUAUCACUGUCUUCAACAAAAAAUAGCAAAUGAUGGUAUCAAUGAAGGGAAUGAUUCUAUGCUACAACAUAUUAAAGAACAACCAAUUAUAAAAUGGAUAUUAAAUGGAAAUUUAGUAUUUAUUAUUCUUGUGGAAAUAACUCUAUUUACUGUUUUUUCAUUACCUGCUAAGUAUACAUUUUUGCGGAAUUAA